CCCCUCCCCCUGACACCAGAGGAGGCAGAGGCGCUCCUUCGUCCCGGCCCAAACCCCACUCACAAAGCCCGACAUUACAUCUGUCAGACAGGAGACCUGCAUGGACAAAACCGGAACUAAUACCCAUGUGUUCGUGCGUUUCACUGCGAUGAGGGAUUCCAGAGGCUUAACGCACCUCCAAUUACGCGAGAAGGAGCUAUUUGGCUCAAUUAUUUGUUAGAGAAAGAGUGCAGGGAAAGGAGGAGUGCAUGUUACUCCGUGGGCUUCAUUUCCUCGGAGCUGCAGAGCAGGAGCUGGAUGACAUGAUGCUGCAGAGUCCGCUCACCUCCACGCCGUUUUCCGUCAAGGAUAUCCUGAAAAUGGAGCAGCAGCAGCAGCAGCAGCAGGCCGGGUCUCUGGAGCUCCAGCACCGGGUACAAACACAGCAGUUACCCGGUUCUCCUCCCCAGCAGCAGCACUUCCAAACCCCACCGUCCUGCAUGCUCGCAGCGGCCCGGGAAAGUCCUUCGUUUUCGGACGGAGAGGACAACCUGGCGUACCUGAGCGCGCUGGCGGUGCGUGGAGAGGAGGACCGCGGGGACACCAGCCUCUCCCCGGACAUGUACGGGCACCCCGGCCUGCAGGGAGCCAAGCUGGAGGCCAACGAGCUGGAGAAGCAUGAGAGCAAGAGCUGCGGUCUGGUGUCCCGGCAGGAGGCCUCGGAGGGCGGGCAGGCUGACUGUGAUCGGCCUGCGCAGAAGCAGCGGAGCCGGCGGAGGCCCCGCGUGCUCUUCUCCCAGGCGCAGGUCUUCGAGCUCGAGCGUCGCUUCAAGCUGCAGCGAUACCUGUCCGCCCCGGAGCGAGAGCACCUGGCGUCCAGCCUCAAACUCACCUCCAACCAGGUGAAGAUCUGGUUCCAGAACCGCCGAUACAAGUGCAAGAGGCAGCGGCAGGACAAGUCUCUGGAGGCGGCGGGGCAGCACCACCCUCCGCCGCCGAGACGCGUGGCUGUGCCGGUGUUAGUCCGGGAUGGGAAGCCUUGUUUGGGGGGAGGGCAGACGUACUCCGGUGCUCCGUAUGGAUCCAACCCGUAUACCUAUAACGGAUACCCGGCGUAUACUUACAAUAACCCCGCUUAUAACAGCAACUACAGCUGCACAUACACCAGCAUCCCCUCCCUGCCCCCCUCCAGCACCUCCAGCGCCUUCAUGAACAUGAACUUGGGAAAUGUGAGCAGCCUCGGAGGAUCAACACAGGCCCAAACUCACCAAGGGACAUCGGUCGCAUCCUGCCAGGGCUCCCUGCAGGGGAUCCGGGCCUGGUAGCCUCACCAGAACCCGGGCCUGGUAGCCUCACCAGAACCCGAGCCUGGUAGCCUCACCAUGAACCCGAGCCUGGUAGCCUCACCAGAACCCGGGCCUGGUAGCCUCACCAGAACCCGGGCCUGGUAGCCUCACCAGAACCCGGGCCUGGUAGCCUCACCAGAACACUGUAUUUCUUUUUAUAAAUGGAGCUCUUUUAUUUUGGUCAACACAGGCUUUUAGAAGUGUGUUCAUUUGAUCAGAACUCCUCCGAAAUUAGUAUUUUAUAUUUUAUAUAUAAAGGAUGGGAGUUUGGAUUCCUGGUAGCCUUACCAGACCAGAACUGUUUCUUUUGUUGGAGCUCUUGCAAUUUGGUUCAACCCACACGCUUUUAGAAGUGUGUUAACUUGGUCCAAACUUGGUCAGAAAAUAGUAUUUUAUAUAUAAAGGAUGUGAGUUUGGAUUCUUGUGUCAGAUGACAUUCACUCAUAUUUCCGUCUAGGCGUCAGAGUGGCACCUAAACUGACAAACGCUUGGGUUCAAGUUGAUGUCUUUUUUUCAAUUAUUAUUAGUGCUCUAUUUUGGCACUUGGACUGAAGCACAGGGGGACAUUACGCACAAGAUUUGCGCAUUUCUCCUUAUUUGAACAAAAAAGAUGGUUCAUAUUUUUCAUGUAUGUUUUUAAAAUGGUAUAUAUUUGUAAUCUAUGGAGAGAUGAAAUUGCUUUAAGUGUUGUGGUUUUUGGUUAAAAGGAGAACUGUUUCAGUCUAUUUCACAUUUAUUCAAAUAAAUCUGAGACAUGAGAA